AUGGCGUCCCUAAUUACCCGCCUACGGCAUCGCGGUAACAAUGCCAACUCGCCCGUGGAGGAGGAACCACCGCCUCCAACGCCCCAAGAGACUCCCGUUCCUUUAGUCGCGCAGAAGAUCCAUCCGAACCUCGAGAUGCUCGCGGCAGAAUUGAGCCCGCCGCCGCCUUCUGAUGUCACGCAUAUACAUACAAUCACGACCGAGGACAGGAAUCCUCAUCCUCAUCCUCAUGGAUUAACCCCUCGUCGGCACCCGUCGCAGCGCAGCAUACUCACAGCGACAGCAGAGCGAGGGUCGACCCCAGAGUCGCGGCCGCUCAGUACCAGCACCCGUUCUCAACGCAGGAAAAGCCCGCGCAUACGAGUAUUUCAGAGAGCGAGUCAGCUCAGCCCCGGCUCACCUCCAGCCUCGCUGCCCAGCACGCCCGACCAAGAGGUGUACCGCCCAAGUUCGACGAAGCGGUUCGUACGGGGACUUGGUCUGGCUGAGUUUGGUGGGACGGAGUCUGAGUCUGGGAGGGUAGGCUCGUCGGAAGGCGCGCGCUCAGAUGAUGUGGUGGACAGCCCGACAACAAGCACGUCCAGAGGCCACGGCAGGCAGAGAGACAGCAGGUCGACAGGUACAAGUUCUUCGCAAGGGAAUUCGCGGCCGGGUUCAGGAUCCAAGCACGCGGCACGUCCACAGUCGGCGUUCAUGGCAAGACUCACGUUGUCUGACGCUGCGAAUCACCCCCCGAGUCCCUCUGAUGCUCCUACACACUCGCGCAGCAUCUCCGAAACAACGUCGCAAUACGAGUCCGCGGUUGCUUCGCUGAGAUCGUCGCUGCGGAAUUUCGAGGUGCUGCAUGAAGCUGAAAUCGAACACCAGUCUCCCGAAUCUACUCAGGUAUCACCCCCACGCACACCAGGCCCGAGCCGUGCGCGCCAUACAGAAACGCCGAAUACGUUUGGAUUUGCAUCACCAGCGACAUCGAACUCGGCGAGCGUCUCUGCGCGACCUCCUUUGCCUCCCUUUUCUGGCCUCAACUUUUCAAUCCCUCGCAGGCGUAGUCAUUCUGUGGGUUCUGGGUCGGGGUCACGGUGGUCGCUCCGUAAAAAGCGUUCGAAGUCGUCCAGCGGCAAAGAAAGCGUCGACGAUGCUUCACGAAGCCGAGAACAACCCCCCGCUGUCAGCGAGAGUUCUCGAUCAUCCUUCCCCCACGAUAGCAGUAGAAUGUCGAGUCCACAUGGCACCAAGGCCAGCAAAAGGCGAGGCAGAAGUUGGAGCCGAAGUCGGAGCAAGAUCUCUCAGAGUCACCGCAGCCAAAGUAGCAAACGCAGAGUCAGCGCAGACUUGAGUGCGCGCCAGGCAGCGGCAGCGGCAGGUGUGACCUGGGAAGCAGACGUUGCGCAUGAAGUGCUGAGAUAUCUGGAAUUUGGGUCUGGUUCUCAAGGGCUGGAGCCAAGCCUGAGCGUGACGCGUGACGAGCAUAGACCAGGACCCGAGGACGCAAGCUCAUCCUCGUUCCCCAUUGGAGAUAAUUUAUCAUAUACCCAGUCUCGCGCCCAUAUAUAUCAGCAAAGGCCCAUCGAUAACACUGGCAUCUCUGCCACGACGCUUCACUCUCCCAGCAGGCGGACGGACAAGGGUAAGGGGAAGGACAUGCAGCCAGGAUCUCAGAACACCGUCACUUUUACCGAUCAUGAUCGAGAAGGAAACACUGGCAGUGGGAGCAGCUCACGAGCAGCGCAGAGCCAGAGCUCGUCCAGCAAAGGCGGGGGUUCGGUUGGUCGAAAGUCAUCACCCCCAAAGUCUGCACUGCGCCCCCAGGUCGCCACAUCCACCUCCUUACUCCAGCCGCCGACACUCGAGCUUACCCUGCCUACGCCAGAUGGAUCUCCAGGAAGGCGCAGCGCCAGCGAGCCGUCGGCACCACCGCUACAGUCAGCCCUCAAGGUUCCUGGUCAGCUCAGUCGAUCGAACACUUCGGGGAGUAAAGGAAAGAGGAAGGCGGACGAUGUGGAGGUCACCCCGCCCAAGGACCGAGAGGGAGGCCGCGCGAAGUUUGCAACCGAACCUCGUUCCCACCGCGCUUCUGCCAACUCUGGCUCAUCCUACGCUCCUUCAUCCUACCACCGCAAACGCGCCCGACUGUCGAUAUCCGAGAACGAUCGCGAAGGAAACUUCAGCACGAUAUCGAGUCGCAGCUCGUCAGCCAAUCCCCAAACACCAGCCCAGACGCCUUCGCGGGCUGCUUCCCGAAGCUCUGCGCGAGCGACAUCCUCACGCUCAGUACCACGUUCGCAUCCCGGUCAGCCGCAUCGCCACGGGCCACGACGGAGUAUGUCUGAGAUAUCCCAGACCUCUAUCCCGAUAAGUGCCCUCAUCUCCCCCCACGCGCCCUCUAUAUCCCAGUAUUCGACGACGUUCCACAUGCGUGAUCCGAAAAGACCGCCCAAGCCGUUCGAAACGCCGUGGUCGCUGCGCCUGGCGACCCCGGGAGAGCCUGGAUCCGGGUCUCCCAUACACGCGUGGAUGUUCUUCAUCGGGUUUAUCAUUUUUCCGUUGUGGUGGGUUGCGUCGUUCUGGCGCAUCCCGAGAACGCGGAAGAUGGGCGGCACGGACGUGGAGAAGGCAGUUGUGCUGGAUGACCCGCAAGUGGAAUUCGAUGCGAAAUCGUGGCGGUUUCGAUGUCGAAUCAUGACGGGCAUCUCUUUCGUCACCUACAUCCCAUUUAUCGUCCUCGUCGCUAUUUUUGCACCUAUUUCUACAUUAACCGAAAGUAUGAAUCGCCCAGGCCAGCCACAGCAGCGACCACCGAAUCUCCCGAACCCCGCCCUCGCAGGUCAAUUCCGACCGCCGUAUCCCAGCUAUGGCAUGCCGCCACGGAGCGUCGGUGUGCUGCCAGGCAAUUUUGUUCCAGGACUGCAACGUACGCCCACAACGCCGAACGUCGGACCGCAAGCGUCGCCCGCGUUCAUCCAGCAGCGUGCGCAGAACAGCUUCACCUCGUUUCCGGGGGGACUAGGACAGCAGAUACAGCAGCAGCAGCAGCAGCAAUCGUCACAGCAGCACCAACACCAGCAACAGCAGACGAACGGCACGUCGAAUUCGAUGCAGACGCAUUUAUCGCAGACGCCGAGCUUGGGGGGUGCGCCAUCGGUGUCGUCUGCGAGCGAGGUGGGACUCGAUCCGAAUGAUUUCCCCGCGCUGGGCUCCACGCCAGCCAACAGUAGUUCGAAUGGCGCGAAUGGAGCGACGGCGAGUUAUGCGAGUCAGGCAGGGACGGGCGGAGUGGGGACAUCAAUAGCACCGACAACGACAACGAACGGGGGGAAUGCCAAUCAGCAAAGCUUCACGCCAGAGGACUUUCCUGCGUUAGGGGGGCAGUCGCAAACGCAGUCAUCACACGACAGUCUUCCACAUCCUCCAGGACUGAAUGGGUUCCAGACGUCAGAACAGCAUCGGCAAAAUUUACUGGGAUCGUUGGGUGGUGUGCCAGGCGUAUUGAACUUGUCACCAGCACAGGCACGGAAUGCGCAUCCGGGGUUUCAGGAGUCAGACAAACAAUCUCGGAAUAACUACGCGCUGAAGCUGAACCAGGCGACGCAUGCGGCAUGGAAUUCACCGACACCUGCGUCUCAAACGCAACAGGCGGGGUUCCCUGGUCAGCAACAACAACAAAAUGGGACGCAUCCACCGCAGAACCAAUCCAAUCACCUCCCUCAACCUCCACAUCUUAACGCCCCUCCUGGCGUCCCGCUUCCGUCAUCGCUUAAUAUAGGUGGAGGCGGAGCAAACUCGUCAAAUCCUCCGGGAACACCGUUUGCUGCGAAUGGCCUGGCGUCUGAACCGCAUGUACCGACGACGAACCCAACACCGAACACCAACCCCUCGAGUCAAAUAGGGUCAACACACCACCCGCAGACACCCGCGCAACAAGUACUAAUGAGCGCAGCGGAUCGGUGGGGGCUCCUUGGGCUACUGGCAAUGAUAAAGAAUGCAGGCACGGACAUUGAUCAUGGCCUAAGUAGUAUAGGUACAGACCUCGGCACGAUGGGGUUGGAUAUGGGAUACUCUGGUAAUCUAUAUUCAACCUUCAUCACACCUUGGGCAGAUCAGUCAGCUGCUCAUACUGUAGAGCCGGAUUUCCACCUGCCUGCAUGUUAUGCUGUACAAACGCCUCCCCCUGGACCCGCUAAGGCUGCUGCUUUCAGUGAUGAGACCCUCUUUUUCAUGUUCUACUCAAGUCCGCGCGAUGCACUGCAGGAAAUCGCCGCGCAAGAGCUCUAUGGCCGCAACUGGCGAUACCACAAAGAGUUGCGGUUGUGGAUUACGAAAGAGAGCAACAACGUCAUGGUCCAGAAGGUGCCAGGCGGCGAGCAGGGGCAGUACACCUACUGGGAUCCGGACAUGUGGCAGAAGGAGCGGAAGGAGCUGACUGUCCUAUACGCCGACUUGGAGGAGAAGAGCACACCCGCGUUCCUACCUGGCUCAUCAGCGGUCACACCCCCCACUGCCCAAGGCCAAGGGCAGCAACAACUGCAACAACUGCAAUCGAGCCAAAUUCAACAAGGACAGGGGAUCCAGCAAGCACAGCGAGCAAAUUUCCCUUUGAGCUUGGGAGCGAUGUAA